UAUCUGCAUCCCACAUAAUAAAAAAUCAAAUCUUACACGCUACAAAAUUUAUUAUAUAUACUCCUCGCUACACAACCCUAAUAACUCCAAUCGCAUUUUUAUUCAAUCAAUCAAAUUACUACUCAUUUCAUUAUUUACUAUUAUUCUACUUUUGUGUGCUUUCGAUUAAUAUAGAGAUAAAUAUAUAGAGAAAUAGAAUAGAGAGUGGAUUUGUUGGUAGUGAAUGGUGGUUAGUGAGAGAUGGGAGCAGCAGGAUCUAAACUAGAGAAAGCAUUAGGAGAUCAAUUCCCCGAAGGCGAACGUUAUUUCGGUCUCGAAAACUUUGGCAACACUUGUUAUUGUAACUCUGUCCUUCAGGCUCUAUAUUUUUGUGUUCCAUUUCGUAAGCAGCUACUCGAAUAUUAUGGAAAUGUUAAAAAUCCAGGAGAUGUAGAAGAAAAUCUUCUUACAUGUUUGGCGGAACUGUUUAUGCAGAUUAGUACACAAAAGAAGAAAACAGGUGUUAUUGCUCCAAAACGCUUUGUACAAAGAGUCAAGAAAGAAAAUGAGCUUUUCCGUGGUUAUAUGCACCAGGAUGCUCAUGAAUUUUUGAAUUUCCUGCUGAAUGAGCUAGUUGACAUACUAGAGAAAGAAACCAAUGCAGCAAAAAGUUCAAAAGAACAUUCAUCACCUCCUGAAAGUAUCCCUAAUGGGAUACAUAUGCCUCAGGCCAAUGGUGUACAAAAGGAGCCUUUGGUUACGUGGGUUCACAAAAACUUUCAGGGUAUACUUACAAACGAAACCAAGUGUUUAAGAUGUGAGACUGUGACUGCAAGGGACGAGACUUUUCUUGAUUUGAGUCUUGAUAUAGAGCAGAACAGCUCAAUAACGAGCUGUCUAAAAAACUUCAGCUCUACCGAGACCUUAAAUGCCGAGGAUAAGUUUUUCUGUGAUAAAUGCUGCAGUUUGCAGGAAGCGCAAAAGAGGAUGAAGAUCAAGAAACCACCUCAUGUUUUGGUUAUACAUUUGAAGCGUUUCAAGUACAUGGAGCAGCUCGGUAGGUACAAGAAAUUAUCAUAUCGUGUUGUUUUUCCCCUUGAGCUAAAGCUGACCAACACCAUGGAAGAUGCUGAUUGUGAGUACUCUUUAUCUGCGGUGGUGGUUCAUGUGGGAAGUGGUCCUAAUCAUGGGCAUUAUGUCAGCUUGGUUAAAAGCCAUGACCACUGGCUAUUCUUUGAUGACGAGAAUGUAGAAAUGAUCGACGAAUCUGCUGUUCAAACCGCAUUUGGGUCAGCCCAAGAAUAUGCAAGCAACACCGAUCAUGGGUACAUUUUGUUCUAUGAGAGCCUUGCUGCCCAACAAUGAUCAUUGAAGUAGCCUUGUUGUCGAUACCAUGGUACAAAAAAAAUGAUAAAAAAAAAAGGUGUUUGGUGAAUGUUUUUUUUCUAUCCUUUUUCACAUCUGGAUAUGCUGCUUUUUGUCAUAUCAUAUAGAGCAGUUUGGGAUUAUUAGAUGAGCAGAAACUUGAGAUGGGUUUGAUGUACAGUUGCUGCCGUUGAUGUGUUUUUAGUAGUAACAAUAAAGGUGCAUAUGUGGAUGAUGACGAAAGCUUCGUUUUUAAACCCUAAUAUGGUUAUCAAAGAAAAUGACAAUGUGGAUGACUGAGUUGUUAAUUCUUGGAAUGACAUCUUGUUUGUAAUUUUUUUGCAUUAUAGGACCUAUUUAUGUUACGAGAAUAAUGAAGCUAUGGUUUUGUUGUAUUUUUGUUUAACGUGUGAAGAAUGAAGCCCAUGCAAUGAAGAAUUUGUUGUAAUGUGAUAUGAGGCUAGAUCAUUGGCCAAGUUGGAUCAAAAUGAGGCGAUUUAUUAGUUUA